AAUUUCACUGCUAUUAAUGUUUCACCAUGGUCACACAGAGGAGAGGUUGUUUUCUGCUUUCGAAAAGACAUAAAAAGCAUAUUAUGUGCUGUAAAAAAAAGAUUUCUUUUACUUCUUGUUCACUCUGUGUAUGCUUAUCUAAGGAAUAUGGCUCAGUGGACCAACCGAACAGCAGUUAUGCUUGUUUCGUUAAUGAUGUUUGGCCUUCUUGGAUGUUCCACUGCAGAAACCUUCACUUUGCAGGUUCCUGGUGGAUUCAUCCAGGCUAAAGUAGGAUUCUCUGUUCUCCUGCCGUGUGAAAUGUCCCCUGCUCUUAAUGCUGAGAGCUAUGAAGUUAGCUGGUACCGACCCAAUAAAGAAGGCAGUCCGGUUCUGCUGUAUAAAGAUCUGAAGGUGCAGGAGAACACUGGAGAUCCUCAGUACAGAGGAAGAGCGUCUCUGUUUGGGGAUCUGCAGAAAGGGUACGUCUCUCUGAAACUGGAGAACCUCACUAUAGCAGACAGAGGAGAAUACGUGUGCUUUGUUCAGAGUGACAGAUGGUAUGAAAAGGCCAGUGUAAACCUGAAUAUUACAGUGGUUGGGUCUCUUCCUGUUCUCUCAUUGGCUGAAACUGGAGAUGAGGUGAAUGUUACCUGUGUCUCAGAUGGAUGGUCACCAAAACCCAUCAUCACCUGGAAAGACAUGAGAGGAAGAGAACUCAGGAACAGUGUUGUUCAGCACAAAACAGAUUCUGAAGGGUUGGUGAGUGUGAGAUCUUGGCUGAUGUUCUCUCCCUCAGACUCAGAGUGGAUCUCCUGUUCUGUGGGUUUAUCUGAUCAGGACAUAAAAGAGGGAAGAGUUCUGCCACUCAAAUCAGCUCCUGCAACAGAACAGCCAUCAGAAUGGAAAGUCUCCUUCAUCAUCUUACUGAUUAUCAUUCUGAUGGUUUUCACUGUAAUGGCAUCCCUGUUCAUCCCCAAGAUCAGAGGUCUUAUUUUUACACAAGAACAGAAGAUCACAUCAAAAGGUGAACAAACAAAUCUUCUUGGAGACAUCACUCAUCCACCAGAAACAGGUCCUGUUGUGAAUCAAACUGCUGAAACAACUGCAGAAGCUGCUCAAACCUCAGAAAAAACAGACAAAGCUACAAACACAGAAAAAGAAAUUACAGAUUGGGAAAAAAUGCUUUCCUGCAAAGGUGAAGGUGGACAAGAGUAAUGUGACAAGAAUAACAUGGAAUUUUAACAUUAAAGAGACAGAUCAUGCUCGUGUUCUGUGUGAAGAGAGAAUCUGUUCAGGGCGAUACUACUGGGAGAUU